CACUACUGAAUACUACAGCUUUUUGGGCUAAACGAAAUUCCCCGCCUCCUCUAGAGAGAAGAGAAAAGCAGACUUCACUCGAGGAUGUUGAGAUGGUCAGCAGAUGCAAGAAGACCGAGCAUCUAGACUCUUCACAUACAUGUUUUAAUAACAUUCCUCUUCCCGGGUUGGUCUUAAAGUCUUCCAACCGAUCCUGCGGGAGCGCACGCAUCCGAAACAGGCUUUUGCAUCGGGAAUCGGAUGCGUAAUGGUGAUCUCCAGAGGACACUGACCACCCGAGAACCGUUUCGAUUCGCUUUUGCAUUUUAAAACAAACAGCAACAAAAAUGCAGGUCGCUCUGUUGGUCUCCGUGGUUUUUAUUAUCGUCAAAGCUGCUCUCGCGGACACCAAACUGAAGUGUCCGGAGCGCUGCGACGUGAGUAAGUGCCCGAGCCCGAGCUGCCCCAGCGGCUACGUGCCCGACCGCUGUAACUGCUGCCUGGUGUGCGCGCAGGGAGAGGGAGAGGCGUGCGGACGCAAGGACGAUCUGCCCUGCGGGGACGGCCUGGAGUGCAAGCACCCGUCUGGAAAGAGGCUGUCGAAGGGCGUGUGUCAGUGCAGGUACAGCAGUAAAGUGUGCGGCAGCGACGGGAACACGUACGGUAACAUCUGCCAGCUGAAGGCCGUGAGCAGGAAAGCGCUGCAGCAGGGUCUGCCCGCGGUCACCAACCAGCACAAAGGACCCUGCGAGAGCAAUCAAGGUCCUACACACCCCAGCAGCCCAAGGUACAAAUUCAACUUCAUUGCUGACGUGGUGGAGAAGAUCGCCCCUGCUGUGGUGCACAUCGAGCUGUUCUUGAACCACCCCCUCUUUGGCCGGACGGUUCCCCUGUCAAGUGGUUCUGGUUUUGUAAUGUCAGAGACCGGACUGAUCGUGACUAAUGCUCACGUGGUGUCCAGCACCACACCUGUUUCCGGUCAUCAGCGGCUCAAAGUCCAGAUGCGCGGUGGAGACGUGUACGAGGCCACUAUCAAAGACAUCGACAAGAAGUCUGACAUCGCCACCAUCAAAAUCAACACGCAGAAAAAGUUGCCUGUUUUACUGCUGGGUCACUCGGCGGACCUGCGGCCGGGUGAGUUUGUGGUUGCUAUCGGCAGCCCGUUUGCCCUGCAGAACACAGUGACGACAGGAAUAGUCAGCACCGCUCAGAGAGAUGGGAAAGAACUGGGUCUCCGUGACUCAGACAUGGACUACAUCCAGACUGACGCCAUCAUCAACUACGGGAACUCAGGUGGACCGCUCGUUAAUUUGGAUGGGGAGGUGAUCGGAAUCAACACCCUGAAAGUAGCUGCUGGAAUCUCCUUUGCCAUUCCUUCAGACAGAAUUACUCGCUUCUUGAAUGAUUCAUUGGGAAAGCAGAACAAAGAGCCAAGAUCAGUGAAGAAGCGUUUCAUUGGAAUCCGAAUGCUCACCAUCACAGAAACACUGGUGGAAGAGCUGAGGCAGCAGAAUCCUGAUUUUCCCGAUGUCAGCAGCGGGAUCUACGUCCACGAGGUGGUUCCUCACUCCCCUGCUCAGAAAGGGGGCAUCAGAGACGGUGACAUCAUCGUCAAGUUAAACGGAGAGCCCCUGAUGAACACCAGUGACCUGAAGGAAGCGCUCAACCAGGACACGACUCUGCUGCUGGAGGUGCGCAGAGGCAACGACGACCUGCUCUUCAACAUCGAGCCUGACGUCAUCAUGCAGUGAUCUCAUCAUCUGUGUGAAAUGUGAACCAUCGGACUUUACCUGAAGACAUUGGUUUCAUCAUAUCAGUCACGCGCUGUCAUGGCCAAAGGGAUCCUUCUACUGAGAGGAAUCUAACCUUGAGCUUUUGCAAUCUUGGGUCAGGUCUGCCUGAGAGAUUUUAUAUGAAAGGCAUUUCAUAGCAGCACACUCUCUUUGAAGCAGGUUUGAAGCCGGGAAUGAUUUUCUUCAUAUGAAAACUUGCAGUACUGUAUUUUGUAGGAGAAGACAAAACUGGUGAUAUUUUAUAGCCAAUCAACAAUGAAUUCACAAUGAUAUGCUGAGCAAAUUUCAUUAAGAUUUAAAAUUUCACAAGAAAUGUGUCAACAUUCAUUGCUGAAACUUCAUUGUGGCACCAGUGGCAAGAAUCAAUUGCUGUGCAAGGUUUUUUUUUUUAAUAUAUUUUAUAUAAUUUGUGCAGAAUGACUGUCAUGAUGAACUGCAUUUUUAUGGUCAUUUUGUCCGAUCAAAUGUUGUGUGCUCUUUAUAUACAGAUAUCAGAGUGCGACGUUCAUGUAAUCUGUUUAUCAGUCUGUAUAUGCUCGUGUUCCUGUUUGUCUAAAAUGUCUACAGUAUAGUACAUGUCUUAAUUACGGUGUCUUCAAAUACGCCCCUAUAAUUUCUGGUUCUCUUCAGCUGGAUCUAUGAACGUUGGACCUAUGAAAUAAAACUUUCUCAGAAAAGGAUCAUA